AAUUUAUCCUCCACCAUGGGGGCUGUGACUUGGUUGUUGACUGGUAUAAUAGUCUUAGCUUUAUCCUCCUUGCCAACUGAAGGAGGGGUCCUGAAGAGAGUCAUCCGGCACAAGCGAGAAAGUGGGGCAAAUGUGACCCUACCAGAAGACAACCAGCCAUUAGUGUUUAAUCAUGUCUACAACAUCAAGCUGCCCAUGGGGUCCCAGUGCUCAGUAGAUCUGGAAUCCCCCAAUGGCAAUAAAGAUGUGGCCCCACCACCAGAACCUAGUGAAAGCUUUCAGGAGCACACAACAGAUGGACAGAACCAAAUAGUCUUCACUCACCGAAUCAACAUCCCCCGCCGGGCCUGUGGUUGUGCCUCUGCUCCUGAUAUCAAGGAGCUUCUGAAUCGACUGGAAGAGCUGGAGAGUGUAGUGUCUUCCUUGCGGGAACAGUGCAGUUCAGGCAUGGGCUGUUGUCUUCAGUCUGCUGAAGGUCGCCUGGACACCAGGCCCUUGUGCAAUGGCCGAGGAAACUUCAGUGCUGAAGGCUGUGGCUGUGUCUGCGAACCAGGCUGGAAAGGUCCCAACUGCUCUGAAUCUGAAUGUCCUGGUCACUGCAAUCUGCAAGGCCAGUGCCUGGAUGGACAAUGCAUCUGUGAUGAAGGCUUCACUGGAGAGGACUGCAGCCAACUGGCCUGUCCCAGUGACUGCAAUGACCAGGGAAAAUGUGUGAAUGGGGAAUGUGUAUGCUUUGAGGGCUACUCUGGCCUGGACUGCAGCGAGGAGGUCUGUCCCAUACCAUGCCUCCACGGCCACUGCGUGGAUGGCCAGUGCGUGUGCCAGGAUGGUUUUGCAGGCGAGGACUGCGCCGAACCGCUGUGCCUGAACAACUGCAACCAGCGUGGGAGAUGCGUGGAGAAUGAAUGUGUCUGCGACGAGGGGUUCACGGGUGAGGACUGCAGUGAACUCAUCUGUCCCAAUGACUGCUUUGACCGUGGCCGCUGUGUCAAUGGCACAUGCUACUGCGAAGAAGGUUUCGAAGGCGAAGACUGUGGCCAACUCACUUGUCCCAACGCCUGUCACGGCCAAGGCCGCUGUGAUGAGGGCCAGUGUGUAUGUCACGAGGGCUUUACUGGGCCAGAUUGCAGAGAACGACGCUGUCCCUCCGACUGUCACCACCGUGGCCGCUGUGUGGAUGGACGUUGUGAGUGUGAUGAUGGCUACACAGGACAGGACUGUGGUGAGCUUCAGUGUCCCAAUGGCUGCAGUGGUCAUGGCCGCUGUGUCAAUGGACAGUGUGUGUGUGACGAGGGGUAUACCCAAGAGGACUGUGGACAGAGAAGCUGCCCCAAUGACUGUCACGGCAGGGGACACUGCCUGCAGGGCCACUGUGUCUGCCAACCUGGCUUCCAGGGUGCUGACUGCAGUGAGAUCAAGUGUCCCCAUGACUGUCACAAGCAGGGCCGCUGUGUGAAUGGCAUGUGUGUGUGUGAGGAUGGUUUCACCGGGGAAGACUGUGGACAGAAGAGGUGUCCCCGAGACUGUAGUCACAGGGGUCGCUGCAUUGAUGGCCAGUGUGUUUGUGAGGAUGGCUUCACUGGCCUAGACUGUUCUGAGCUGGCCUGUCCAGGUCACUGUCAAGGCCAGGGCCGCUGUGUCAACGGGCAGUGCGUAUGUCAUGAGGGUUUCACUGGUAAAGAAUGCCAGGAGCGGAGGUGUCCUGCUGACUGUCAUGGUCAGGGUCGGUGCGUCGACGGACAGUGCGUGUGCCAGGAAGGUUUCGAGGGUCUGGACUGUGCUCAGCGUUCCUGUCCCAAUGGCUGCAGUAACUUGGGACAGUGCGUGGCUGGGAGCUGUAUCUGUGACGAGGGCCACACCGGAGAAGACUGCUCUGAGGUGUCCCCUCCCAAAGACCUCAUUGUGACAGAAGUGACAGAAGAAACCGUCAAUCUGGCCUGGGACAAUGAGAUGCGGGUCACAGAGUAUCUCAUCAUCUACACCCCUACUCAUGAGGACGGCCUGGAAAUGCAAUUCCGUGUCCCUGGUGACCAGACAUCCACCACCAUCCAGGAGUUGGAACCUGGAGUAGAGUACUUCAUCCGAGUGUUUGCCAUCCUGGAGAAUAAGAAGAGCAUUCCUGUCAGUGCCCGAGUGGCCACUUACUUGCCUGCACCUGAAGGCCUGAGAUUCAAAUCUAUCAAGGAGACUUCUGUGGAUGUGGAGUGGGACCCUCUAGAUAUUGCCUUUGAAGCCUGGGAAAUCAGUUUCCGAAAUAUGAAUAAAGAAGAUGAUCAAGGGAUAACAAGAAGCCUGAAGAGACCAGAGACUACUUAUAGGCAAACUGGCCUGGCUCCUGGACAAGCAUAUGAGAUAACUCUGCAUAUCAUGAAAAACAACACCCGAGGCCCAGGUGUGAAAAGAGUCACAACCACCCGUUUGGAUGCCCCCAGUCAUAUCGAGGUGAAAGAUAUCACAGACACCACUGCUCUGAUCACCUGGUUUAAGCCUUUGGCAGAAAUUGAUGGCAUUGAGCUCACCUAUGGGAUCAAAAAUGUGCCUGGAGACCGCACUACCAUUGACCUCACACAUGAUGAGAACCAGUACUCCAUUGGGAACCUAAAGCCAGACACAGAAUAUGAGGUGUCCCUUAUCUCCCGUCGUGCUGACAUGUCCAGUAACCCGGCCAAUGAGACCUUCACAACAGGCCUGGAUGCCCCUAGAAAUCUGCGACGCACUUCUCAGACAGACAGUAGCAUCACCCUGGAAUGGAGGAAUGUCAAGGCAGAUGUAGACAGCUACAGAAUCAAGUAUGCACCCAUUUCUGGAGAUGACCACACUGAGAUUGAAGUCCCCAAGAGCCAGGAAGCCACAACCAAAGCCACACUCACUGAUCUGAGGCCAGGAACUGAAUAUGGGAUUGGUGUGUCGGCUGUGAAGGAAGACAAGGAGAGCGACCCCACCACUAUAAAUGCGGCCACAGAUCUGGAUGGACCCAAGGAUCUUCGGGUUACUGAAACUUCAGAGACCAGCAUGAACCUACUUUGGAAGGCACCACUGGCCAAGUUUGACCAUUACCGUCUCAACUAUAGUCUUGGAGCUGGCCAAUCCAUGGAGUUGCAGCUCCCCAGAGACACUACCUCAUACAUCCUAAAAGAUCUGGAGCCUGGGAAGGAAUAUAGUGUCAUCCUCAGGACAGAGAAAGGCAGACACAAAAGCAAGCCAGCACGUGUGAAGGCUUCCACAGACCACAUCCUUGCAUUGGAAAACCUCACGGUGACCGAGGUUGGCUGGGAUGGCCUCAAACUCCAAUGGAACACAGCUGACCAGACCUAUGAGCACUUUGUUAUUCAGGUGCAGGAAGCCAAUGGGGUGGAGGCAGUUCAGAACCUCACAGUGCCUGGCAGCCUCCAAGCUGUGGAUGUUCCAGGCCUCAAGUCCAACACCCCUUAUAAUGUUACUCUCUAUGGUGUGAUCCGAGGUUCUAGGACACCGGUACUCUCUGCUGAGGCUUCCACAGGGGAAACUCCCAGUUUGGGAGAGGUCACUGUGUCCAAGGUGGCCUGGGAUGCCCUCACACUCAACUGGACAGCUCCUGAAGGGAGAUAUGAGCACUUUUUCAUUGAAGUGCAAGAGAGAGACACAGUAAAUACAUCUCAGAACUUCACAGUUUCAGGAGCACAAAGGUCCAUGGACCUUCCUGGGCUCAAAGCAUCGACACACUAUAAAGUCUCCAUCCGUGGGGUCACUCAAGAUUUCAGCACAACCCCUGUCUUGGUUGAAGUCUUGACAGAGGAGAUUCCAGAUCUAGAAAAUCUCACAGUAACUGAGGUUAGCUGGGAUGCUUUUACACUCAACUGGACCUCCCCAGAUGGGAUCUUUGAACAUUUUGUCAUUGAGGUCCAGGAGGCAGACCAAGAUGAAGGUCAUAGGCUGCUAGUGCCUGGAAACUUGCAUUCAAUGGAGAUCCCAGGACUGCGAGCUGGCACCCCUUACAAAAUCACCCUGCAUGGCGAGCUCAAGGGUCGCAAAUCUAGACCCCUUGCUGUGGAAGCCAUCACAGAGGAACUCCCCCAGCUGGGAGACUUAGCUGUGACUGAGGUUGGCUGGGAUGGCCUCCAACUCCACUGGACCACAGCUGACCAAACCUAUGAGCACUUUGUCAUUCAGGUGCAGGAGGCCAAUCGUGUGGAGGAGGCUCAGAAUUUCACAGUGCCUGGCAACCUCCGGGCUGUGGAUGUCCCGAGCCUCAAGGCAGGCACCCCUUAUAGGGUUACUCUCUAUGGGGUGAUCCAGGGCUCUAGGACACCGGAGCUCUCUACUGAGGCCUUCACAGCUAGAGAACCUGAAAUCAGAAACUUGCAGGUUUCUGACGUAACUCCCGACAGCUUCAAUAUCUCCUGGACAGCAACAGAUGGUGCCUUUGAGACUUUUACCAUUGAAAUUGUUGAUUCCAAUAGGUUCCUGAAAACACUGGAAUAUAAUAUCUCUGGUGAUGAACGGGCUGCUCAUAUCUCUGGGCUCCGCCCUAGUAAUGAUUUUAUUGUCUACCUCACUGGACUCACUCCCAACAUUCAAACCAAAACCAUCACGGCAACAGCCACCACAGAGGCUCUGCCCCUUCUGGAAAACCUAACCAUUUUCGACAUUAAUCCCUACGGGUUCACGGUGUCCUGGAUGGCAUCGGAGAAUGCCUUUGACAGUUUCCUAGUGGUGGUGGUGGAUUCUGGGAAGCUGCUGGAUCCCCAGGAAUUCACCCUUUCAGGAACACAGAGGAAGUUGGAGCUCAGAGGUCUUAUAACUGGCAUUGGCUAUGAGGUUAUGGUCUCUGGCUUCAUCCAAGGGCACCAAACCAAGCCCUUGAGGGCUGAGGUUGUUACAGAAGCUGAGCCAGAAGUUGACAACCUUUUGGUUUCAGAUGCCACUCCAGAUGGUUUCCGUUUGUCCUGGACAGCUGAUGAGGGGGUCUUCGACAGUUUUGUUCUCAAAAUCAGAGAUACUAAAAAGCAGUCUGAGCCACUGGAAAUAGCCUUACUUUCCCCCGAACGUACCAGGGACAUAACAGGUCUCAGAGAGGCCACCGAAUAUGAAGUUGAGCUCUAUGGAAUAAGCGGUGGAAGGAGAUCCCAGCCAGUCAGUGCCCUAGCAACAACAGCAAUGGGCUCUCCAAAGGAAAUCCUUUUCUCUGACAUUACUGAAAACUCGGCCACUGUCAGCUGGAUGGCACCCAUGACUAAAGUGGAAAGCUUCCGGAUAACUUAUGUGCCCAUAACAGGAGGCACCCCCUCAGUGAUAACCAUGGAUGGAACCGAGACUAGAAGAAGGCUGGUGAGACUCUUACCUGGAGAAGAGUACCUGGUCAGCAUCGUUGCCAUGAAGGGCUUUGAGGAGAGCGAGCCAGUCUCAGGGACUUUCACCACAGCUUUGGAUGGCCCAUCUGGCUUGGUGACAGCCAACAUCACUGAGUCAGAAGCUUUGGUCAGAUGGCAACCAGCCAUUGCCCCUGUGGACACAUAUGUUAUCUCCUACACAGCAGAGAGAGUGCCGGAAGUUACACGCACGGUGUCCGGGAACACGGUGGAGUUGGAGCUGGCAGGUCUGGAGCCUGCCACAGAAUAUACCCUGAAGAUCUUUGCAGAGAAAGGACCCCAGAAGAGCAUGAGCCUCACCACCAAGUUCACUACAGAACUUGAUUCUCCAAAAGACUUGACUGCGACUGAGGUCCAAUCAGAAACUGCCCUUCUCACCUGGCGACCUCCUCGAGCAGCUGUCACUGGUUACCUGUUGGUAUAUGAAUCUGUGGAUGGUACAGUCAAGGAAGUGAUUUUGGGCCCAGAGAUGACCUCUUACAACCUGGCAGAUCUGAGUCCAUCCACCCACUAUACAGCCAAGAUCCAGGCCCUGAAUGGGUCCCUCAGGAGCAAGUUGGUCCAGAUCUUCUUCACUACAAUUGGACUUCUAUAUCCAUUCCCCAAGGACUGCUCCCAAGCAAUGUUGAAUGGGGACACGACUUCUGGUCUCUACACCAUUUAUCUCAAUGGUGACAAGGCCCAACCCCUGGAAGUCUUCUGUGACAUGACUUCUGAUGGAGGUGGCUGGAUUGUGUUCCUGAGGCGCAAAAAUGGGCUUGAAGAUUUCUAUCGAAACUGGAAGGCCUACGCGGCUGGUUUUGGGGACCGCAGAGAAGAAUUCUGGCUUGGGCUGGACAACCUUCACAAGAUCACAUCCCAAGGCCAGUAUGAGCUUCGAGUGGACCUUCAGGACCAUGGGGAGUCAGCCUAUGCCGUCUAUGAUAAAUUCAGUGUGGCCGAUGCCAGAAGUCUCUAUAGGCUGAAGGUGGAGGGAUACAGUGGCACAGCAGGGGACUCGAUGGCCUAUCACAAUGGCAGGUCCUUCUCCACUUUCAACAAGGACACCGACUCUGCCAUCACCAAUUGUGCCCUAUCCUACAAGGGGGCUUUCUGGUACAAGAAUUGUCACCGUGUCAAUCUGAUGGGAAGAUAUGGAGACAAUAGCCACAGUCAGGGUGUCAACUGGUUCCACUGGAAGGGUCACGAACACUCAAUCCAGUUUGCAGAGAUGAAGUUGAGACCCAGCAACUUCCGAAAUCUUGAAGGCAGGCGCAAGAGGGCAUAAAUUACAUUUUGUGCAACUGGGUAAAGGAAGAAUAAAGCCCAGAGAAAGAAAAUAAUUUUACCAAAGCAUCAGUACAACCACUCUCACCACCAAGCUGCACCUGGGCAUUGGACAAGAGUUAAAGUUAACCGUGAUAAGCAGGGCCAGUAUGGCAGUAGCCCUGGUUUCAUCAUCCACUCUGAGGUUACUUCCUUCGCACCAAAGACAGCAGUCUCCAGUAGGUUUCUGUUUUGUUGCUGACUCAGCAAAAAUCUUCCAGGAACAGACAGUAACACCAACGGUGUUCCUUCUUUUUGGGGUGGCUCUGGAAACGGGAAAGGUGUAGACUGUACAGAGAUAGUUUUAGAAGCAGCUGUAUUUUACACAAAGUUGUAUAAUUAAUGAUCAUUAUUUUUUAUUAGCAGCGAUUAAAUGUGUGUCCUUGGAAUCUAUCAACCCCUUUUUUUACAUACCACAAAACCCAGAAAAGUCCGAUUCUGUUUCCAUUUUAAGGAUAUGAUUAAUAUUAUUAAUAUAAUAAUAAUAAUGGUGAUGAAAACUAUGAAUUUUGAAAGAGAUCUUCUUUCCCCAUACACACCUGAACCCUACCUAAUUGUAUGUUUUUUUUUUAAUAAAAGCACAAGUACUGUUAA